GGGGCUGACGAUUCCAGGGGACGCCAGGGAAAGGGAAGUUCCGGGACCCUCCCUGCUGUCAGCCCACCUCCGCUUCCUGCCUCAUGCCUCACCUUGUCCCCAGUGCCUGGGCUCCCCCUAAACUGCUUGGGAAAUGUGGCCUUUAUUAUGGGGGGCCUGGCCCUGCAGGCCCCACGCUUCCCUCAUCCCUGGGGGUCCCCUUGGAUCUCUGACCCAACCCCUCCCCAGGCCAGGCUCUUGAAGCUGGCCCCUGGGAUUGUGCCCUGGGCACAAGUGGGCACCUGCCCCAGCCCCACCUGUACCUGGGCUGUGGCCCUUCCUUACAGGGCACCCACCAUGGCCCCGCCACUCCUGCUGCUGCUGCUGGCCAGUGGAGCAGCCGCCUGCCCACUGCCGUGCGUCUGCCAGAACCUGUCCGAGUCACUCAGCACCCUCUGUGCCCACCGAGGCCUGCUGUUUGUACCGCCCAACGUGGACCGGCGCACCGUGGAACUGCGGCUGGCUGACAAUUUCAUCCAAGCCCUAGGGCCGCCUGACUUCCGCAACAUGACAGGGCUGGUGGACCUGACGCUAUCUCGCAAUGCCAUCACCCGCAUUGGGGCCCGCGCCUUUGGGGACCUGGAGAGCCUACGCUCCCUACACCUGGAUGGCAACAGGCUGGUGGAGCUGGGCACCGGCAGCCUGCGGGGCCCCGUCAACCUGCAGCACCUCAUCCUCAGUGGGAACCAGCUGGGCCGCAUCGCACCAGGCGCCUUCGACGACUUUCUUGACAGCCUGGAGGACCUGGACCUGUCCUACAACAACCUCCGGCAGGUGCCCUGGGCCGGCAUCGGUGCCAUGCCCGCCCUGCACACUCUCAACCUGGACCACAACCUCAUCGAUGCACUGCCCCCGGGUGCCUUCGCCCAGCUUGCUCAGCUCUCCCGCCUCGACCUCACCUCCAACCGCCUGGCCACACUGGCACCAGACCCGCUUUUCUCCCGGGGGCGCGACGCUGAGGCCUCGCCUGCGCCCCUGGUGCUGAGCUUCAGCGGGAACCCCCUGCACUGCAACUGCGAGCUGCUGUGGCUGCGGCGGCUGGCACGGCCAGACGACCUGGAGACCUGCGCCUCCCCGCCAGGGCUGGCGGGCCGUUACUUCUGGGCAGUGCCCGAGGCCGAGUUCUCUUGUGAGCCCCCUCUCAUUGCCCGCCACACGCAGCGCCUCUGGGUGCUGGAGGGCCAGCGGGCCACGCUGCGGUGCCGGGCCCUUGGCGACCCUGUGCCCACCAUGCACUGGGUGGGCCCCGACGACCGGCUCGUCGGCAACUCCUCCCGCGCCCGAGCUUUCCCCAAUGGGACCCUGGAGAUUGGGGUGACAGGUGCUGGGGAUGCCGGGGGCUACACCUGCAUUGCCACCAACCCUGCUGGUGAGGCCACGGCUCGAGUGGAGUUGCGGGUGCUGGCUUUGCCCCAUGGCGGGAACACUAGUGCUGAGGGGGGCCGCCCCGGACCCUCGGACAUUGCUGCCUCAGCCCGCACUGCUGCCGAGGGCGAGGGGACUCUGGAGUCUGAGCCAGCCGUGCAGGUGACAGAGGUGACCGCCACCUCAGGGCUGGUGAGCUGGGGGCCAGGGCGGCCGGCUGACCCUGUGUGGAUGUUCCAAAUCCAGUACAACAGCAGCGAGGACGAGACCCUCAUCUACCGGAUCGUCCCAGCCUCCAGCCACCACUUCCUGUUGAAGCAUCUGGUCCCUGGUGCAGACUAUGAUCUCUGCCUGCUGGCCCUGUCACCUGCCGCUGGGCCCUCCGACCUCACAGCCACUAGGCUGCUGGGCUGUGCCCAUUUCUCCACAUUGCCAGCCACGCCCCUGUGCCACGCCCUGCAAGCCCACGUGCUGGGCGGGACCCUGACCGUGGCCGUCGGGGGUGUGCUGGUGGCUGCCUUACUGGUCUUCACUGUGGCCUUGCUGGUUCGGGGCCGGGGGGCCGGGAAUGGCCGCCUCCCCCUCAAGCUCAGCCACGUCCAAUCCCAGACCAAUGGAGGCCCCAGCCCCACGCCCAAGAGCCACCCGCCACGGAGCCCCCCACCCCGCCCCCAGCGCAGCUGCUCCCUGGACCUGGGAGACACCGGUGGGUGCUAUGGUUAUGCCAGGCGCUUGGGAGGGGCCUGGGCCCGCCGGAGCCACUCUGUGCAUGGGGGGCUGCUCGGGGCAGGGUGCCGGGGGCUGGGGGGCAGCGCGGAACGGCUGGAAGAGAGUGUGGUGUGAUGGAGACACAGCUUCCCUGUGCUCCAAGGAGCACACGGUGUGGGGCAGAGGACCUGGGGCGGCCGCCCAGCCUGCAUAAGCAGCACGGCCCCAAGAGGCCCUCCCUGGUUUUUAUCCUCGGUACCUCAGGCUCCCCUGUAUACUUGGCGGGACAGGGGGUCCUUUCCUUGGUUCUGGCCUCCAGACUAGGUAAGGGGACAGGUCCCUCCAACAGGUGCUCACAGCCACCAAGGCAGGGGCUGCAGCCACUGAGCGGGAGCCUUGUUUUUAUUUAUAAUAAAAUUGUUGAGGACACCUCA